UCUCUUCUUUCCCCUCAGCCUGAAGGGAGAGCGACCGCCGUGAGGGGAGACAGUUACGCUCGUCCGUCCGGCCUCUUUUUUUUUUUCCUCCCCUUUUCCCCCUCAGCUUCGGCUUCUUCGCGGGGCGCGGGCCCGUUCUCCGCCGGCCAUGGCGAUGGACACCAGCGGCAAGGAGAAGGAGGCGCUGCAGCUGCUCGCCGAGGCGGAUAAGAAAGUCCGCGGCUCCCACGGCUUCUUCUCGGGGCUCUUCGGAGGUGGCUCCUCCAGGACUGAAGAAGCAUGUGAUAUCUAUGCCAGAGCGGCUAAUAUGUUCAAAAUGGCCAAGAACUGGAGUGCUGCUGGGAACGCUUUCUGUCAGGCUGCUCAGCUCCAUCUCCAGCUGCAGAACAAGCAUGACGCAGCUAUGAGCUUUGUGGACGCCGGUAAUGCUUUCAAAAAGGCUGAUCCUCAAGAGGCCAUUAAUUGUCUCCUCAGAGCUAUUGAGAUCUACACAGACAUGGGACGUUUCACCAUUGCAGCUAAGCACCAUAUAACCAUAGCUGAGAUCUACGAGUCUGAGCUGGUGGACAUUGAAAAGGCAAUAGCUCAUUACGAACAAGCUGCCGAUUACUAUAAAGGUGAAGAAUCCAACAGCUCUGCCAACAAAUGUUUGCUGAAAGUGGCCACUUAUGCAGCUCAGCUGGAGCAGUACCAGAAAGCUAUUGAAAUCUAUGAGCAGGUCGGGACCAGUGCCAUGGACAGCCCCUUGCUGAAAUACAGUGCAAAGGAAUACUUCUUCAAAGCAGCCCUCUGUCAUUUCUGCAUUGACAUGCUCAACGCCAAGCUGGCUAUACAGAAGUACGAAGAAAUGUUCCCGGCUUUCACGGAUUCCAGAGAAUGCAAACUGGUGAAAAAAUUGCUGGAUGCUCACGAGGAACAGAAUAUUGACAGUUACACUGAAUCAGUGAAGGAAUACGACUCAAUCUCUCGCCUGGACCAGUGGCUGACCACCAUGCUUCUGCGCAUCAAGAAAACCAUACAGGGUGAAGAGGAAGAUCUGCGUUAAAAAAGCCCCAAACCCCUCUUGCCCUCCAUCCUCUGGCCUGUUAUUUGCAGAACUCUGCCUGGAUCAGCUCUGGGGGGAAAAGAAAAGAGAGAGGGUCUUGGCACGAAGGAAUUAGACUCAAGUGGCAAAUUCUUCAUUUUCGCUUCCUUUCUCAUCCCGCCUCUUUUGCGCUGCUGCAGUGAACAGGGCUGGGAUGCGUCACCUGUGGACUGCUCCGGGAGAGAUUUGAAGUUCUCCAAGCCUUGCUUCGCUUCCUGAGUCAGCAUUUACAUCCUCCUCCCCAUGGCUUCGUUGAUGGUUUAAUAUUUAAAGCAUCUUUAGUAAGUUCGUUUUUUGUUGAUGGUGCCAUUCUCCUUUCCUUCUCCCCCAAAAUCUUAACGGAAACUGAUAUGGAAAACGGCUGCUUCUUUACCGCGGAAAAGCACACCUUGUGAUAUUUGUGGCUUCAUCUCAUCCCCUCCCCUCCCCCCUUUUGACCACAGCAGUUCCAAUUCCCUUUUCCAACAGGCAUUGCAAGGCUAGGGAGCCCCUUUCUUGAAUUUCGGUCAACCCUUCUCCUUUCAAAAAUAGUAUUUUAAAGAUGGGCAGAAUGGCACCGAUCUCUAAAUGAAGGAGCCGGGCUUGCUAAGCAUCUCUCACCUGCCUUGUUUCAAAUAAUGCGGGAAACCCCAGACCCCUCCCCCCCCUCUUCACAAAUGCUAAGUGUUGUUGAGCUGUAUGGAAUAAUUCUGCUUCAUUCCAUGUUUCUCUCUUGCACCCUGAAUUACCUUGAAUUUAUGUGUAUUAACCCACUUUUAUCCUUUCAGAGCUGAAGCGUCCAACCUUGGCAACUUUUAAGACUUGUGGACUUCAGUUCCCAGAAUUUCCCAGCCAACCAGAAGUCUACAGGUCUUAAGAGUUGCCCAGAUUGGACACCCGGGCUUUAGAGAUUGGUACAGAAGUAUGGCGUUGUAUAUCCAUGUCAAGAGUGAUAUAGGAUAGCCAGUCUCUUGGUUCCUCCUUGGGGCAAGAGGCAGAUCAAUCUUGAACUAUGCAGCAGGUAGCCAAAAAAAACCCCACCCCUAAUUUAAAACUUAGAAGCUCAGUGUGCCAGCUGUCUUGAUCUCUCGCCUCGCAUGGUUCUCCCUCCUGGCUUAGUUUGAAAAGAGCAUUUCUCCAGCCAAGUUUUUCUGUAUACAUCGUCAUGAAAGCUGCGGUAUUUUUUUCCCCCUCUUGUCUUUGCUUUAAGAGAAAGAGCAUUUAUCAUGUAAUCUAGCACCUUCAUGAAGGUUUCUCAUAUUUAAUGUUUCCUUACUCUGUUGUUGGAAGGUGGACUUCAAUUCUGUUCUUCAAAUGCAUGUUCUAAAAUGUCUACCCGGAAAACAACUAAUAGUGAAAUAACUUGCACACAACAAACAAUAAAAAGAAAAAACAACAAACCAACUUUGCAUGUGGAAACAUCGUUAGCGUCAAGUGUGAUGAUAGCCUCCAUCCCCGCAAUUUUAAAAUUUCUGUUGCUUCUAUCAAAGUCUUGCUUGUUUUCAGGCCCAUCUCUCUUCCCUGCUGCCUUUCCUUCUGGAUUCCACUUCUGAUUCCUUUUCCCAUCAGUUCUUCUGCGAUCCAAUUCCUGAACACUGGCUGUGAUUCUACCUGUCUAAAAAUACACCUGCAUGCUUGAAUUUGGCUGCCUCUGUGUGUAUGUGUGUGUGUGUAUUUGUGUGUCCGUGUACGAUUUGGAAGAGAAAUCCUGUUUUACAGGAGUGAGAGUUAGAGGUCCUCUUAAGUUAUAUAACAAAUAAGCAUAUCCCCAUAUCAAAAAAUAAUAAUAAUCAAGAUUACUUUAAAUUACAUAAUUCUCUACGCAGGGCAUUGAAUUUUCACUUUCUUAACUGGAAUCUUUUUUUCCCCCUCUGCUGGCACUGAAGUAACUUUUGCUAAACCUCAGUGCUGUUUGAGCAGUGUAUCUACCUAGCCAUUAAAACAACCUGGAAAAUGGUGACAGUUGUCAUGAAUGAAAAGAGAUGCAGUCCAGAGGAAAGCAGCUCGAGCAUGGCUGAAUUCGAGGUUUCCACAAGGAUUGCAGCAAGUAGUAGUUGGUGUCCAUUGAAUAGGGACAUUUUCCUGUAGCAAUUACAUUUACAUCACAUUAAUAUCCUCCAGAGCAUGGCAGCACCUGAAGGAAGGCAGCUGAUAUUCUUUGCCAACGCACGGGCCCAUAACUAUAAUUACACGUUAUCUGUUAAGCAAUUCAAUACAUUGCAAAUCCUCAAAGAUGCUAUCUAAAAUGAGAGUAGCUUUGCUUUACUAAAGUUAUCCCUAAUUCACAAGAAAUGGACUAACGCCCCGAUUCCACGACUUGCUGGAAUGGUUUCUCCGAAGUCCACGUUUGACUUGGGACUCCAGAGCGUGCUCUAUUGCAAAUUUUAUGUUGUCUUCUGAAGUCAUAAAAGUUUCGCGAUAUCCCAUAUCGCUGCUUCUUGCGCUACACCUACUGUCACAGAACUAAUGGCCAGGUGAUGUGGAAGUAGUAAAACCAGCCUGACUAGAAGUGUCAGUAGGACGUGUUCACGGAAGCAUAACCUGGAUUAGCUUCCUCCUGGCGUGAUUUAGACCAGUAGAGUUUUUGUAAACUGUUCUUGUCGUGUUUUAACAGUACAAACUAGAAAUAAAGCAUGAAGCUGGAAUUUGUGACUCCCAA